GAGAAGUACCGAAAAGAAUUCUUUACUCAGAUUUUGCCUCCCUUGAUUCAUUCUAAUAAAUGAGAAUUUUUGGAUUGCUGAGGAUCAGCAUUCCACGUGAUUCAGUCAAUUGCCCGGAAGUGUAUUUCAACACUUGGUGGAAACAGCGUGGUACAAGCGAGCAAACUGGAGCAAGCCCGGCGAGCGUGUGCAACGUCAAGUCAACCGUAAUAUCAAGGCUAGUACAAACAAGGCUAAGCGUCCGGGGUAAUUUUCCAUCACUUCCCUGAGGAGUUUCUCUCAUGUAUUCUACCGCAGCGGACCCUCCUGCAAAGGAAAGUAACAGCACAUUUGUCUGGCGCGAAAUACAAGCGCAUAUAAACAUGCCACAAUAUUCCCUCUCUUGUUUGCCGCUGUCCUCAGCGCCCACAGUCCUGCCCGCCGGCUCUAGCCGGUUGAAGUCUAUGACCGUGGAGGAGCUCAGUGCGCCAGGUUUCAUGAUCCGAUUAGUCAAGCCUGACAGCAUAUUUUCUAUGACGUACGGUCCAGCACAAUUACGAUGGAAUUUCACCGGUACACUCGUCGGUGUUGCGACCACCUUAAGCCAAACUUUUCACCGGGUUGGUGGAGACUUCCGAAAGUCUUCUGGUCGAAGUAAACUUCCGGUAGCGCUGUGAGUUCUGCAUAUGUGCUUGCGCUAACUGAUGCAUGCGCAGAAAGCCUGACUGUAAGUGAUC